AUGGGAAAAUUUGAUGUUUCACUUAUUCGAUAUUUAACUGCAGAAGAUUAUCGAGUUUUAACAGCAAUUGAAAUGGGUAUGCGUAAUCAUGAAUUAGUGCCAUUACAAUUAAUAGCUGUUAUAGCAUCACUUAAACAUGGUGGUUGUCAUAAAAUUUUACGUGAAUUAGUUCGUUAUAAAUUAGUUGCAUAUGAUGCAACAGCAAAAAGAAAAUCAUCUAAUAAUGAAGGUUAUCGUUUAACAAAUCUUGGUUAUGAUUAUUUAGCAUUGAAAGCACUUUCUUCAAGAGAUAUUAUCUAUUCUGUUGGAAAUCAAGUUGGUGUUGGAAAAGAAUCAGAUGUUUAUAUUGUUGCCAAUGAAAAUGAUGAACAAAUGAUUUUAAAAUUACAUCGUUUAGGUCGAACAUGUUUUCGACAAUUAAAAAAUAAACGUGAUUAUCUUAAACAUAGACAAGCUUAUAGUUGGUUAUAUCUUGCAAGACUUGCUGCAAUUAAAGAAUUUGCUUUUAUCAAAGUUUUACAUGAACAUAAAUUUUCUGUACCAAAACCAAUUGAUUUGAAUCGACAUUGUGUUGUUAUGGAAUUGAUUGAUGGUUAUCCAUUAUGUAAUAUAAAAGAUAUUGAUAAACCAGGAAAAAUUUAUGAUGAAUUAAUGUCAAUUAUAGUUCGUCUUGCAUCUUAUGGACUUAUUCAUUCAGAUUUUAAUGAAUUUAAUUUAAUGAUAAAUGAUAAUGGUCAUAUAACAAUGAUUGAUUUUCCACAAAUGGUAUCAAUAUCACAUAUAAAUGCUGAAUAUUAUUUUGAUCGUGAUGUUCAAUGUAUUCGAGAUUUUUUUCGACGUCGAUUUCAUUUUGAAACUGAUCUUUAUCCAAAAUUUGCUGAUAUUAAACGUUUACAUUCACUUGAUAAUGAUGUAAGAGCAAGUGGAUUUUCAAAAGAAUUAGAAAAACAAUUUGAACAAGUAUCCGAAACAAUAGGUCUUAGGCAAGAUGUUGACAAUGAUAACCAUUCAGUUGAAGAAGAAAAUGAUGAUGAUGAUGAUGAUGACGAUGAUGAUGAUGAAGAUGAAGAAAUAGACGAAGAACCGACAUCAUCUCUUCCUGAAAAUGAUGAAAUGAAUAAAUUAACACAAAUGAUUGAUAGUAAUCAUCUUUUAUCAUCUCCUAUUCUCGAUGAAAAUGAAAAUCAUCAAUUUAAACCAUUUCAAGAUGAUAAUAAACAAGAAUUCGAAGAAAAUAAUGAUCAUGAUGAUAAUCAAUCAACAAUAUCAACAUCGCAAAAAUUAGCGGAAUUAUCAAUAGAUAAAAAUUAUAUACGAGCAAAAGUAAAACAAACAUUAAAGAAAAAAUUAAAACAACAACAUCGUCGUUUAUGUACUAAAGGUGAAGCAGCUUUAGUUACAGCACAACGACGUGAUCAUCGUGAUACUAUUCAAUUACAUCUUGAAUAA